AUGGCUGGCUCAGGACGUUCCAUCGCGCGGGCAUAUCCGAACGUCAAUGCCACACUCGGACCAUCCUGGUACGAAUACGAUGCUGUACAGGUACAGUGGGGAUACCAGGAAGAUUAUGAGAUCGUUCGCAAGGUCGGCCGUGGCAAGUACUCGGAGGUGUUCGAAGGCGUGUGCAUCGUGACGAACGAGAAGUGCAUCAUCAAGGUGCUCAAGCCGGUCAAGAAGAAGAAAAUCAAGCGCGAGAUCAAGAUCCUUCAGAAUCUUGCAGGAGGGACAAAUAUCAUCACUCUCUUAGACGUUGUGCGCGAUCCGAUAUCGAAGACGCCCAGCUUAAUUACCGAAUACGUCAACAACACCGAUUUCAAGACGUUGUAUGCCCGCUUCUCUGAUUACGACGUCCGAUACUAUAUGCUUGAACUCUUGAAGGCACUGGACUACUGUCACUCCAAGGGCAUCAUGCACCGGGAUGUCAAGCCGCACAACGUCAUGAUCGACCAUGAGCGCCGUCAAUUACGGCUCAUCGACUGGGGCUUGGCUGAGUUCUAUCAUCCCAGCACGGAGUACAAUGUUCGCGUGGCAUCGAGAUGCUUCAAGGGACCCGAACUACUCGUCAACUUCCAUGACGCCGAGUAUGACUACAGCUUGGAUCUUUGGAGCUUCGGUUGCAUGUUCGCUUCGAUUAUAUUCAGGAAGGAGCCGUUCUUCCAUGGGCGGGACAACUAUGACCAACUCGUGAAGAUCGCAAAGGUGCUCGGCACUGAUGAUCUGUUUACGUACGUCGACAAGUAUGACCGGGAUCUGGACCCACAGUAUGAUGAGAUCCUCGCUCGAUACCCGCGUAAGCCGUGGACACGAUUCAUCACGUCUGAGAAUCAGCGCUAUAUCUCAAACGAGGCCAUUGACCUCCUCGACAAGCUCUUGCGCUACGACCACCGAGAACGAUUGACGGCGCGGGAGGCACAAGCACAUCCAUACUUCGAUGUGGUCAAGCAGAUAGCUGCGGAAGGCGCAGAGAGUGGGCUCGAAAGCGACGCUUAG